AUGUCGAAGCAAUAUCAGUUCUACCGUAUAGAAGGAAAGAGCUUCACACUUUUGAUCAUCGUGGCGACCCACCCGCCUCAGAUCGCCACCUACAACAAGGCCAUUAAGGUCACCGUAGACGGACCCAGAGAAGCCCGCAGCAAGACUAAACUGCGCACAGAUGACCGCCGGAUACUCCGCGGUCCAAUCGACAUUCCGAUGGAGCGGCCCAUGUCGGACCAUUCCAACCGCCGCCUGCCUGCCCACCUUGCAGAACUAGAGACGCUCCGACAGAACACACAGGGGGUCGAAGGUUCCCGCCGAAUUCUCCAUCCGUCGUCUGACACAAACGGAUACCACAAUUCCGCAGACUGGCGUAGUCCUUGGGAAAGCUUCGACUCUUUGCCUCCAUACACAAAAGAGAGCAUCUUCCAGGCGAACACUGGAAGUCCUGGGGCGUACACGCAGUCACAAAGCAUUUCAAAUUUAGGUAAACAUUCGCAUGCGCACAUUGACCGCUCAUAUCCACUUUUGUCCGAUCCACAUCGCAAGGAACUCAGAUUGCCGGCGCGUCUUCAGUCUGCAUUCUCAGAUGCCCGUUUUUCUGAAUCGCUCCCUCUGAACUCCGCGGCACUGUCAGUUCCGUUUAACACGUCUGCGUCAAAUCUGGCCAUUCUCCAAGAGAGUCGCGCCAUAUCGUCGCUUUCAUACCAGAUGUUGUCGUCUGAUCUGUUCAGCAGCAUUAACCACCAGUCAACUUUCUCCUCCUCGUUCACUAUACCAUCGUCACCGCAACUUUCUGCCGGCCUAAUGACCGGAUAUACGCACCUUCAUUCCGCACCGGUACAGAAUUUGCAACACACUAUUUAUGCUCCGACGGGAGAGGUGCAUACAUAUGAAAUCCUUGGCCAGAAAUCGGUCGACAUGAUUCUUCAAAGGCCAAUGGAAAUUUCCGCACGUUAAGAGCGACAGUUGAUGUCCCCGCCGAAUUCUCUAAGGAUGCAGAUUGGCAAUAAUCAUAUACGAGACAACGAACGAGAA